AUGGACCGAAACAGAGGAAGAUCAUCCUCAUCCAUGUCCGCAAACGCCUUCCCCAGACGCCGUCACCCUACUAUCUCCCUCCGAGGCGCUUCACAGGAGGUGCAGGAGAUGAGGUCGAAGGAUAAUAAUAAUAAUAAGAGGGAAUGGACGAAGAAGAGGAGAGGGAGUAACUCUCACAGCACCGAGGAAGAGAGUGUGGGAAAUGAACCGGAGGCGCGGUUGCAUUCUAACAAUACUGCGUCGUCCGCAUCUGAUCAUAACCACCAAGGACGGAACGUGAUCGACCAAGUGAUGAUCGGUGCUACAGUGCCCAGGAGGACUCGUUCAGCUUCUGUGAAAAGACCGCAUCACAGUUGGGUUGAGGAGCAGAGUGCUGAAGCUGCGUCGCCUUCGUCUUCCAAUGUUUCUCUUCCCAAGAAGAUGAAAGCGGUUGGACCGUCUUCGUCGAAUCAGGAAGACAUCGAGAUUGAGAUAGCUGAGCUUCUGUACGGUUUACGAACUUCUCAGAACCAUGAUUAUUCUUCUUCGCAGAAGGUUGAAGCAAGUGAUUCGCCUCCACUUUCGUCUUACCCUUCCGUUGACGUUGGGAAAAAGAAAGUGGGAGAUUACAGAUCUUCUUUCACUCUACCUCCGAACAAGUCAAUUGCCGAGUCAGUCGGAAUUGACAGCGAGCAACAUGAGAAAACGGAGAAACCUUCGUCCGAAUCGCCUAGGAUGUCUUGUGGUCAUGGAAUUGGGACAUCCCAGGGUCCAAAACAGGACACCGAGGAAGAUAGUUUGAAUUCAGGUUGUGGAUUUGGGGAGACUGUAGAUGGAAAAUCAGAAUCCAAGUUGGAUGUUCAUAAACAGGAUUGUGCUUCUAACGUAGGGAUUCCGGAGGGCAACGACCAGCACAAGUUUGAGAUUGAUCUGAUGGCUCCUCCACCUGCGGCCUUAUCGCCAGAAUGGGAUAACUUGUCAAGGGGUGAAGACAGUAACAAGGUUGAAGACAAGGUAGAAAGUUUCAAUAAGAAGGAGAAAGCACUGGAAAAAACUGAAGAGCUGAAAAUGAAAGUUGAUUUGGAGAAGCCAGAUAAACAUAAUAACCUAGCAACAGAACAUGAAUUAGGUGAGCUGGGUAGGAAUAAGGAACAACCAACUACAACAUCAACAAAUCCCAAACUUGAGAAAUCUGCUCAAUGUAGUUCAAUGUCUUUGUCAGUGGCUGUAUCCGAAAGGCCAAGCAGUUUCUCUCCCCUUGGAUACAUGCCGCUCAUGGGGACAGUUGUGAAGACUGAUAAAACAACAGGAUUAUUGACAGCUCCUCAACAUGAGCACUUUGUUUUGUCUCAACCUUGGCCACAGAGAUGUGCAACCCAUGGUUACAUUGCUCGGAACAUCUUCAUGCACCAACAGUGGACAAAGAUGAAUACCCUUUUGCCGUCUGCAGUUGGCUGUGGUUCUAUGUGUGACACAAAGCUCAACAGAGUCCAAUCUGCUGAAAGUGUCGUUGUUGGGAAGCAGUUUCAUAAACAGUCACCACCAGGUGUCAGCCAAAAUGCAGCCCCGGAUAAGGGUUGGUCUAUCACAAGUGAUUUUAGUCUUGCUGCAUUUAAAAGUUCUGGUCCUGCCAACCCAAUGGAUAUGACGCAAAUGAAGCAGCUUAUGCUUCAGCAAGGUCCACAUCCAGGGUCUUCUGCUAAUAUAGUUCAUGGUCCUGCUUUCCCAAUUCCUCCUAGCCAGCAUCAAGCAUCUGUAUUAACAAAUACUAGUCAAGUUGGUGGUGUGAACAACAGUAGCAGUUCUUCCUUGUCUAAUAAAUUCCACGGUUCCGCAGCUGGAUCUCUUGGUGCUUCAACACUGCCAGCAGUUGCUGCUGCAAUGAGCUUUAGCUACCCAAAUUUGGCAGCCAAUGAUGCUCCAUAUAUGACAAUAGUUCCGAAUAGUGGGUAUCCCUUCCCCUUUGCAAACCCCCUUGGACCAUCCGCAGCUAUCAGAAAUGCAAGCCCUGCACAGUCAACACCUAUUCUCAAUGGGCCGUUGUACUCUUCUCAGAUCUUCCACCCACUUCAGUAUCCACAACAACAUCCUCACUCUCAACCACUGGUUCAACCUAGUUAUCUUAAUGCAAGCACAUCUAGUGUUUCAUCAUCAUCAUCUCAUAAGCAGUCACAAGGAAUGCAAGGUAACAACAACCAUAUUUUGUCCUCCACAACUAUGCAACUUCAGCAGUCACAAAAACAGCACACCUCACAGUCUCAUCUUCGCAAGCAUGAGACUGGGAUGGCUGGGGAGAAUGCUCCAUCUGCUGCCAUUGUAACAGCUUACUCCCAAAAGAAUGUAUUUGGGCAAAACUUCCCUAUUCCAGUUCAGCCACUGAGCCUUUCUUUAACGCCAUCGACAACAUCAGAUAGUGUUGGUGGCUACAGUGGGAAUUUUGGCGACAAGCAGCAACAGACUUUGAAGGGGGGACUUGAUCAUAUUCCAUCUCAACCAUAUGCAAUCUCAUUUUCUGCAUAUAACGGGGCAAGUGCUCCUUCAAAUCUUAACUUCUCAACCAUGGCACAAAACCCAGUGAUAUUUCAGAGCCUGUCUGAUAUUGCAUGGCAAGGAUAUCAUGCUGCAAGUACAUCUCAUGCAACUCAACAAAAGAUGUAUCCCAUUAUAGAAGGGAAGAGUGGAGAUAGUUCUUCUCACCAAGAAGAUGAAAAGAAAGCCACUUCUGGGAAGCCAUCAACCAACGGACCAACAACCCUUGUUUUUGAUAAUUCAUCAAAGAAUCAUAAUUUAGUUUCAUCUCCCAUGAAUGGAAACUGGCCUAGUCGUUCCAUUACUUCAACUGGAACAACCACAGGUUUGCCACUUUCUAGUAAUCCUGCAAAGUCUCAACAGCCAUCACAGCUGCUUCAUCUUCCGCAGCAGCAUGGCUUGUUACAGCAGCAACCUGCUGUGGCUACCCGAUAUAAAGCCCCAUCAACAAAUGCUACAAUUGGUGCAAAAUUUUUCACUCCCCUGGCUUAUUCACAAACUCAAACUCAAACUCAGAGCAAAAGUUCGAUUCAAGGCACUCAGUCAAAAAUGUUGGUAACAGCCCUUGAUUCUCAGGUUCAUAACCCGUGUAUCGUAACUUCUACCCCAACUCUCCAAAGUUUUUCUCAGGAUCAAGGAAGAGUUUUGCAGGGUCAUACCCAAAUAUCUUAUGGGGGAAAUUACAUAUCGUCCUUACCACUCCAAGGGCAACAGCUAUUCAAUAACAACCAGUCUCUUAGUACAACAGUUGCAGGAAUUCCACCUACUGGAGCCAACCUGAAGACAAAUUCCCAGGGAAGCAAGGUUAGCUCAUCAGUGAACUCUUCGCAGAUGCAACCAACUGAGAAUUCUUCCACUGCGAAUGGCCAAAAAUCUUCCCCAGUUUGUGGUAGAAAUGUCCCGUCGAUCUUGAGCUCGUGCCCCAGCCACCUAUCUGAGCUGAAGUAUUAG